UUUCAGUGAGUCCCUGAAAGCUUGGAUCUCAACAGAACCUUCUGUCGCCAUACUGUGACUGCUCCAUACAUUUGACGGAGCAACUAAUCCUCUGUUCAAGCCCUAUCUAACUCUUGUAAACAGUUACUGAAAUAUGGCAGUGACAACCAGAUUGACGUGGAAUGAGGAGAAGAGUCUGCAAAAGCUACUUGGAAAUGUUUCCUUGAGUCUUCUUUAUAAAUCUCAUGUUCAUGGGGAUACCAUUCAAGAUUUGCUUCAGAGAUGCAGUCAUCAGGGAUCCACGGUAACAAUCAUUUAUUUAGGACAUGUUAUUGUUGGAGUCUUUAUGCUUAAGCACUAUCCUAAAAUAUGGGAAGAUUCUGGAGAACAAAAUCUUUCCUUCUGUUUUUUGUUUACAAGGAGGUAUGGCACAACUGCAAUGGAAACUUUUUUUUUUAAUAGACGACCUAAAAUUGCUGCUGAAGAACUGCAAUUUUUUUUCUGUGAUGAACAGGCUCUUUCUUUAAAUCCAAAGUCAAAGCAAUUUUUUAUAAGUUCUUCAGUUUUUAAGACAUUUGGAAGUGGCACUUGGUAUGACUAUUUGGAAUGUGAAGUUUUUCGAGUUGAAGGAAUUAAGGAUGAUCCAGACAGCAUAAGGAAGAUACAUGGAGCGUCACAGCACAGAGAAAACCUCCUGACAGACCUCAAAACCUACAAACCUAUUACAGACUUGGUCCCCAAAAUUCGUAUUCUCUUGCUUGGUCCAGUUGGGUCUGGAAAGUCCAGUUUUUUCAACUCUGUGAAGUCAGUUUUCCGAGGCCAUAUGACUCGCCAAGCUAUAGCAGGGUCUGAAAUCACCGGCAUUACUGAACAGUAUAGGAUAUAUUCCAUUGAAGAUGAAAAUGGCAGAUCUCUGCCUUUUAUGUUCUGUGACUCAAUGGGACUGGGUGAGAAAGAGGGAGCAGGAGUGUGCAUGGAUGACAUACUUCACAUCUUAAAAGGCUCUGUGCCAGACAGAUAUCAGUUUAAUCCCCAUAAACCAAUUACACCCAAUCAUCCUGCCUUCAUCACCUCUCCAUCACUAAAGGACAGGAUUCACUGUGUGGUGUAUGUCUUAGAUGUCAACUCUAUCAACACUAUCUCCUCUACAAUGAUGUCAAAGCUCAAAAGAAUUAAAGGAGAAGCAUUAAACUAUGGUAUAGCACAUGUGGCCUUGCUUACUAAAGUGAAUAAUUGCUAUGAAGUUCUUCAAGACAACUUUCAAAACAUGAAUAGAUCUAUGACUUAUCAAAGCCAGAUAAUGAGUGUCAGCAAAAUGCUAGGCAUUCCUAUUCCUAACAUCAUGGCAGUUGAAAAUUAUGCCUCAGAACGGGAGCUGGACCAUUUAAAGGAUGUCCUGAUCCUCUCUGCAGUGAGGCAGAUGUUGCGGGCUGCAGAUGACUUCUUAGAGGAUUUACCUCCUGAGAAAACAGAUGACAUUGCAAGAAUGUCCCAGCACUGCAUAUGAUAUCAGCUGUUUCGAUCCUUACACUUGGCCCAAACCUGGAUUGGCAUCUUUGACUAAUCUCUGGUGAUAGCCUUCCUCAGUCUUUGCUUUUGCUUUUGUUCAUGUUUUGUCUUCCAUCUCUGACAAUAUCUGACUGAUGUUUCCUUCUAAAAUCAGUCAUACCUCAAACCCAAAUGCCACCCCUGAGCAGUAGUGGGCCAAAAUAUGCCAACAACCCUCUCCAUUUCUGUACCAUUUACAAUUUGGUUUCUGUGACACCUUUCUAAACCUAAGCACGGCAAAAUUAAUUGUUUCCUUGUGUAUUCUUCUAUAGCACCUUUGUAUAUAAACCCUUUGAGGGUACUGAUCACAUUGACUAAUGAUUAUAAAGUGAGUGUAUCUUUUCCCUAGAUAGAUUAUGAGAACAGAAAUAAGAGUUGGACUUUAUCUUUGUAUUCACAGAACUUAGCACAGACUUCCACCCCUCACCCCACUCCUCCUUUACUCUUCCUGUCCAGCCUCUCCAGAGUGGCAGCAUGUAUAUUAACUUUUUCUCUUUAUAGAAGAGAAGCAUGGGAAGGAAUAAAAUGUGGGAGAGGAGAAAUGCAACUAAAAGAGAGAGAGUGUUUCACUUAUCUUGGCAUGAAAAGACGACUAAUUGAAUUUAAUUUGAAAGAGUAUAUUUCUUAGGAACGUACUUUGUAUUUCUGUGUAAAAAAUAAAGUUUCUUCCUCUGAUGAA